CCUCGCCGCCGCCAUUUUGGAGCGAUCUCGCCCGCGGCCCCGAGCCGGUCCCGAGCGGGUCCCGAGCGGGUCCCGAGCCUCCCGCCGGCUGCGCCCGAGUCCGAAGGCGCCGCGCCGCGAGGCCGGGCCCAUGUGCGUGCGGCCCGCUCCACGCCGUCCGCGGUUCACCUCUGCGAGCGUCCUGGCCUCCCUCGGGCCUCGGAGGAGUCGCCGCGACCCCCAGCCUGCGGGGCAGGCCCUCAGCCUAUUAGAUGGUGUCAACAAUACAUUCAAGGCAGAUCUCCCCACCAUAAUCAAUCAUCUCUCGGAUGCCCUCAGACACACCCAGAGAUAAAUCAGCCAAAACUCUUCCCUGAAUGAAAACACCUUUUUAAAAGUUGCAUAUAUACAAAAGAAAAAAACCCAAAUGCUUUUUAUUUUGCCUGAAUACAAGAUUUAAACAAGGUAUUACCAUAGAAGUCUCUACCGCAGAGUAUUCUGUUGGACUCUUUCAUGGAACUAUAGGAUCAUAUGGGCAACACUUGUGUUUGAAUCCUGUCAUCUGUCUUCCGAUUCUGUCACCCUGGGAAAUAAAGAAGCAGAACUUGAGGCUCCUUUCAGUCAUUCACUGCUGGGAUCAAUGUCCAGGGCCAAGGCAGUUUUAUUUGUAUGGAUUUCUGUUUACUGCUGCAUUAUAGAGGUUGCAGAAUCCCUUAAGCUCUGUGACCGCCAUCAUGUUCUGGAAAUUUGACUUGAACACCACGUCCCACAUUGACAAGCUCCUGGACAAGGAACAUGUGACACUGCAGGAGUUGAUGGAUGAAGAUGACAUCUUGCAAGAGUGUAAGGCUCAGAACCAGAAGCUGCUGGACUUCCUGUGCAGGCAGCAGUGCAUGGAGGAGCUGGUGAACCUCAUCACACAGGACCCACCCCAGGACAUGGAAGAGAAGGUCCGAUUCAAAUAUCCAAACACAGCCUGUGAGCUUCUGACUUGUGAUGUGCCACAGAUCAGCGACAGACUAGGCGAGGAUGAGAGUCUGCUGAGCCUUCUGUAUGACUUCCUGGACCAGGAGCCACCACUCAACCCUCUGCUCGCCAGUUUUUUCAGCAAGACCAUUGGCAAUCUAAUUGCAAGGAAAACUGAACAGGUGAUCAUGUUCUUGAAGAAGAAGAACAAGUUCAUCAGUCUGAUACUGAAGCACAUAGGCACCUCAGCUCUCAUGGAUCUGCUGCUGCGCCUGGUCAGCUGCGUGGAACCAGUUGGUCUCCGGCAGGAGGUCCUCCAUUGGCUUAAUGAAGAGAAGAUCAUCCAGAGACUUGUGGAGUUGAUCCAUCCCCACCAGGAUGAAGAUAGGCAGUCAAAUGCUUCUCAGGCACUCUGUGACAUCAUCAGGCUGGGCAGAGACCAGGGCAGUCAGCUGCAGGAGACUGUGGAGCCAGACCCACUCCUCAUAGCAUUGGAGUCGCAGGCCUGUGUGGAGCAGCUUCUGAAGAACAUGUUUGAUGGGGAGCAGACAGAGAGCUGCCUGGUCAGUGGGAUGCAGGUGCUGCUUGCCUUGCUGGAGCCAAGGCGUGUUGGAACAGAAGGCUUGGUGGAUUCCUUUUCUCAGGGACUGGAAAGAUCAUACUCUGUCAGCAGCAGCAUCCUGUGUGGCAUCGAGCCAUGGCUGAAGAAUUUCCAUCAGCUCCUACUCAACCCACCAAAGAAAAAAGCAAUCCUGACUACUAUUGGUGUGCUAGAGGAGCCCCUGGGGAAUGCUCGUCUUCAUGGUGCACGCCUCAUGGCUGCACUGCUGCACACAAACACACCUAGCAUCAACCAGGAGCUCUGCCGGCUCAACACCAUGGACUUACUGCUGGCUAAGAAAGGAAAUAACAGUGUUAGGAGGGUGAUUGAUCCAGACUGCCAUGGGGAGUUGGAUUGCUUCUCUACAAUGGAGGACUUGUUUUUUAAGUACACCUGGAAUAACUUUUUGCACUUCCAAGUGGAACUAUGCAUAGCCGCUAUUCUUUCCCAUGCUGCUCGGGAGGAGCAGGCAGAAGCUAGUGGAUCCGAUGGCAAGGUGGAGCCUCUGCAGGGGAGUGGAGAUGGGAAUGGGAAGCUGGAGACCGCCCCAUCCAUCACCAGCCCUCCUGAGAACACCAUGGUGACCCAUCUGUUCCAGAAGUGCUGCCUGGUCCAGAGGAUACUGGAAGCCUGGGAAGCCAAUGACCACACACAGGCAGCAGGUGGUAUGAGACGUGGGAAUAUGGGCCACCUCACAAGGAUCGCCAACGCAGUUGUCCAGAACCUGGAGCAGGGCCCAGUGCAGACCCACAUCAGUGAAGUCAUCCGAGGACUCCCUGCAGAUUGCCGUGGACGCUGGGAGAGCUUUGUGGAAGAGACGCUGAUGGAGACCAACCGCAGGAACACUGUGGACCUGGUGAGCACUCACCACCUUCACUCCUCAAGUGAGGACGAGGACAUUGAGGGGACUUUCCCUAACGAGCUGUCCCUUCAGCAGGCCUUCUCUGAGUACCAGAUCCAGCAGAUGACAGCAAACUUUGUGGAUCAGUUUGGCUUCAAUGAUGAGGAGUUUGCAGACCAAGAUGACAACAUCAAUGCCCCAUUUGACCGGAUUGCAGAGAUCAACUUCAACAUUGAAGCCGAUGAGGACAGUCCCAGUGCAGCUCUGUUUGAAGCCUGUUGUAGUGAUCGGAUCCAGCCUUUCGAUGAUGAUGAAGAGGAGGACAUUUGGGAAGAUGAAGAGACUCGAUGCACUGCCCGGGUGAUGGCCAGAGCCAGGUUUGGAGCCCCUCAUGUAUCGGAUAACUACUCAAAGAAUGCCUUGGAGCAUGGAGGCCAGGACAGGAAGACUGGCUCAGCAGUAGCUAGGAAUGUGCCUGGAUUGGCCGCUCCUUCAUCUCCUACACAGAAAGAAUGUCCUCGCUCAGAGAGUGAUUCAGCAGGUACUACAUGGACAGCAGUGUUUGAUGAGCCAGUGAACCCGCUGUCUGCAGCCCCAGGAGCUGCGAGGGAUGUGGGUUCUAGUGCAUGGGCGGCUGGUUCUUCAGUUGCAGAGGAGAAAGGCUGGGCUAAAUUCACCGACUUCCAGCCUUUCUGCUGCUCUGAGACAGGGCCCCGGUGCAGCUCUCCUGUGGACAUGGACCACAACAAUGCCGAGGGUGGCCAGAGUCCAGGCCCAGAGAAAGCCUUUGGUCCUACCUCGCCUUGUGCCUGGAAUGUGUGUGUCACUAGGAAGGCCCCACUGGUAGCCUCUGACAGCAGCUCCUCUGGGGGAUCUGACAGUGAAGAAGAUGAGAAGGCAGCGGGUGCUAUGGAAGCCGUGUGCACAGGCCAUACUGGAAAGGCCUCCCCUCCACCAAGGACAGUGGAGGCUGCUGUUGGCAGGGCUGAGUGUCCUCACAGUACCGUGUUAGCCCCUGCCUGCCCUGCACCUUCAGAAGUGACCAUCAGUCCUGCCGUGGCUACCAUAGCACCCAGCAAGGCAGGCUCUCCCACGGCCACCAUAGUGGUCUCUUCCUCAGUGGCUACUGCAGUCCCCCCAGGACCGAUCAUGGCAGUAACCACAGCAUCCCCAGCCAUAGUUGCCAACCUGGGGACAAUGACAAAGGACAGGAAGACAGAUGCCCUGCCAGAAGGAGCUGCCUUAAAUGGUCCCGUGUAACUGCUGCCACCCAGCUAUGGCCCGCCCUGGUCAGGCUGCUUCUUUAAUCAAGAAAACUACCUGGUGAUGCAAUUUUUUUUUUUUUAUUUAACUUUAAAAUAAAUGCUGCAUUUGGUAAAGCUGGCAGUGGAACCAGUUGGAUGACCCAACUCAUAUCUCUCUGGCCUGCCCUUGGUCCUGUUAGAAGACAGGAUGUACCUGGCCACUCCCAGUCCAGGUCUUGGUAUGGCAAUGAGAUCUUUGACAUGCAGAUUCUACCUGCAGGAGUUGGGGAGGGAACAAGACUUUACGGUGCCAGUGCCAUCAGAUGGGCAGGAGGGUGAGGGUCUCCAGGCUCUGGUUUCAUCUGUAUUUUUUAACAUGGAGGAAAAGCUGUUUUUUGCACUUUGUACCCAGCUACAGUACAGGGUCUCUCUUGGCUCAGGGCAGAUGUAAAGGCCCGAGUUGGAGAGACCUGGUCCCCACUAAUAAUAAUACAUGGGGGGUCUGGCACUAGUUUGGCCACAUGAGGUCAAACCCCAGUUCUAGCUGCCCAGAGGCUCCUGGGAGCUGGCAUUGAAUCAGGCUACAAAUUUUGACUGCCUUAAAAACAAAAGACCCUCUGGACCUGAUGGAGUUGUCUCUGUGCUCAGCAGGGCAGACUGGCACACUUGGGUGGGUGUUGGAGCUGCAUCAGAUAAGUAAGAGUGGACACAGAAGAUCACUGGGAGGCUUAGAGACAGGGUGGGCCCAUAUUGUCCAGGAA